ACACUCAAAUUUCACACGCCAGACGCCAGUUUCCACGCUAACUUUAUACCUUGUGCACGCGUAAUAUGUGUCUUAUUAAAUAGUGGAAGUGUUGUGAGAGUGGAUUAAGUAAUGGUGCAACCGUGCCAGAGGUUUAUAAUAAAUAGUGUGCACUAAUGCGCGGUGCGGGGCUGAGAGGAUGCGUGAGGAGGAGCUGGAGGUAGCCCUCAAGGUGGUGAUAGUAGGUGAUGGCGGUGUGGGGAAGUCCAGCAUGAUACAGCGGUAUUGCCGCGGCACCUUCACCCGAGAUUAUAAGAAGACCAUCGGUGUUGAUUUUCUCGAACGGCAAAUCGAAAUCGAUGGUGAAGAAGUUAGACUGAUGCUGUGGGAUACAGCCGGUCAAGAGGAGUUCGAUGCUAUCACAAAAGCUUAUUAUCGCGGCGCCCACGCCUGUGUUCUCGCGUUCUCUACAACUGAUAGGGAUUCUUUUCUAGCCUUACAUUCAUGGAAGCUAAAGGUGGAAAACGAGUGCGGUGAAAUACCAACUAUAAUUGUUCAAAAUAAAAUUGACUUAAUGGAUCAGUGUGUAGUGGGCCCAGAUGAAGCCGAGUUAGUGGCAAGAGCUCUGGGCUGUAGGCUUAUGCGCGCUUCGGUUAAGGAGGACGUGAACGUCGGAGCCGUCUUUCGGGCGCUGGCAGCGAGGUGCCUCGCGGACUUGAGGCGAGAACACGCAGCUGAAAUCACUGCACCUACUUUAGCACCAGUUAUAGGAACGUUUACUAAUCACAACAGCAACGGUACAAUUCUACUCCGCCCAGUCAAGCAUAGGCCUGGUGGUAAAAAGAAAAAUGUUUUUAAAAACGCGUGCAGAAUAUUGUGAUUGACUGUCUAGUGGAUAAGGUUGACUACAGUUGGACUUUUAAACCCUUGUGUUUAUGAUUAUGUAAAAAUAAUUUAAGGUUACACCUAAUUUGUAGUAUGUUAAGCAAACGUGGUGCCUCUCUGUACAUUCUGAUAUUAGCUAUUGAUUUGGCAUUUGUAGACUAACGCCUGGAAAUACAUUACAUACUGUAUGUACAUAAUUUUGUUGUUUGGAUAUGUGCAAUUUUAAUACAUUAAACUAGACUUUGAUUUUAAGUAAAUUUAAAGGGGAAAUUUUUCCUUCAUCUAAUGGUUUCCUUAUAGUUGGUAUAUUUGGUAUUUCCCCACAUUAUUCACAUUUAAUCACAGCACUGGUUAAAAUUGAAGACUUAUUGUGGAGAAAAAGUUUGUGUGUUGCGGUUUAUUUACUACAUAUAUCUUGUAGUUAAUUGAGAAUAUUUAAAAAUAUAUCUGACAUAUCCAAUAAAAUAAGUAUUGGUUCCUCAAAUGACUCAAGUUGUGCAGAUUACCUUAAAAAUAAUGUAGUAUUUUUU